UCUCAGAAGCUGACCAAGCAGCAAACAAACUCUGUGGGUGCUGCUCUGAAGUCAGUCACUCACUCAGCGGCUGCUGUUACCACACAUGACACAGGGCACCAGUGAGCUGAGAACCGGACAAUCAAGUCAGUCAACAAGUAAAUUAAAAUAUUAGUUCAGCACUAAACCAGCUACUCGAUCCGACAAUCGUUGGUGAAUGACACAGAAAGACCAGGCUCAGUUGAGAGACACUGUGGAUAAUUCAAUAUGUACACCUCUGACUGCGCAGAUGAACUGGAAUUAAAACCUACUCAAGAGAAAAAUGAAGAAGGCAAAGGGGUUUGAAAAAAAUAAUGGAAAGCAAGAGGACCAAAAAAGAGAGAUGCAACGCACCAGUGAGUAGGAAACUGUAGGGGGGAGGAGAGUGGAAAAACGGGAGAGUGUGUGCGGUGCAAGUGUGUUCCGGUGUGUCAGGUGCGUGUGUGGGUGUUACUUCUGGUAACCAGGCAGGGACAGACCUCGUCUCGUGGGGAUGUGGGGGGAGCGACUUAAUCAGCAAUGAAUACAACCAGAGAGAAAAAAAAGCACAUGCAAAGCACUCACUCUGCCUCACUCUGACAGGGUCUCAAGCUCAGAGAGCACUGCCUCUCGCUCUCUGUACAAAAACAAUCCUUCCAACAAAGUUCAGCCUGUACAUAUGACAGAGGCUGCUGUUACUACCACUCCGGCUGCUGCUGUUCUGUUGCUGCUGACAAUGGCGCCAAUGGAAAUGACUUGUGCUCUCCACCGGACUCUGUAUGGAUUGUGCUAACAAGCUCAGAGCAACAGACGCUGAUGUCUAAUGUUUUACUUCUUCACCAAGAGGACUACAGACUGAACUACCUCGAAGGAGUUUUAUCUGUGGUGGUGCUGUUUGGAUACGGUGAAGCAGGGCUAUUAUGCACCUUGAGGGGGCAAAAUGCAGCUUCCUGUUGUGCCUUGGGAUAAGUACUAUUAUCUGUUCAGUCAUUUACUUGAGGACGAACAUGCCAACAGAGCCCAAGCUGCUAGAGCCUCCAAGCUGCAGGCCCUUCUCCACUAAAUGUAAAGCUUUGCUGCCCAGCAUGGAGGAAGGAGUGCAGUGGAACCGCCAUGACUGCCAGAUGGAGAACUAUAUCCUGAAUAGUCAAAUGCAAUGUUCCAAUUUGACCAGAGACCUACACUUCAUCACAAGACCUCUAAGUCGUGAGGAGGAGGACUACCCCAUAGCAUUCAUUGUGACUGUUCACAAGGAGCUAGAGCUAUUUGUGCGCCUGUUGCGGGCCAUUUACAUGCCACAAAAUGUCUACUGCAUUCAUGUGGAUGAAAAGUCUUCAUUGGAGUACCAGACUGCUGUACUGAAGCUAGUCAGCUGCUUUGAAAAUACCUUCCUCUCCAGCCGCAGCGAGACAGUGACAUACGCUGGGUUUUCCCGCCUGAAAGCAGAUUUGAACUGCAUGAAGGAUCUAGUGAAGUCCAAGAUCGGCUGGAAGAAGGUGGUGAAUCUGUGUGGACAGGAUUUCCCUGUCAAGAGCAACCUGGAAUUGGUGCGGUACAUGCAGAGCAAAGAGUGGAGGGACAGAAACAUGACGCCUGGGGUCAAGCAGCCCGUGACUAUGAGGCACAGGACACAUCUCCAGCACCGGGAGAUAAAAGGGUCACAUGUAGCUCUCAAAGGGCUGGGACUGACGAAAGGUCCUCCUCCACACAAUCUGCAAGUUUAUUUUGGAACAGCCUACUAUGCUCUCACAAGGGCUUUUGUAGACUUUGUUCUGGAAAGCCCAAUAGCCAACGACCUCUUGGAGUGGUCCAAAGACACGUUCAGUCCAGACGAGCACUACUGGGUGACACUCAACCACAUCAAAGCUCCGAGCAGCAACAUAGAUGGAGAUUGGUCAGGAGACAUCCGAGCAAUCAAGUGGAGGGAUCAAGAGGGGAAAGGACACAAUGGAUGCAAAGGGCAUUAUGUACGAGACAUCUGCAUCUUUGCAGUUGAAGACCUGCCGUGGAUCGUCAUGAGGAACAGCAUGUUUGCCAAUAAGUUUGAGACUAAUAGCUUUCCCGAGGCCAUCGACUGCCUGGAGCAGUGGCACAGGAACAAGGUGUUGAGCCAGGCAACUGUUCCCAUAGAGCCAUCAUGGCUGCUGGCCACACAGAGCAGCAGCCAUUUCCACAGCACCGCUGGAGCAUGAAAUCACUUUUGGUGUCCUCAGAAAAAGGUAGGGUGACGUGAAGUUUCGAUUAUAUGCACUUGUUCA